AUGGAUGCUGCUGAGAAUCUCCAAAAGUUCAAGAAUGAAGUCGCAACUGGUGCAAAGGAAAUAGAAGAGAAUGAUAAACAAGCUGCUGAAUUAGCUAAACAACAAGCUGAAGCAACUAAACAAGCAGCAGCUCCUAAACAAUCUAUAUCUAAGUCUCAAAGACAAGGUCCUGACCCAAGUGCUAAAGUCAAACAGAAUCCAACACCACCUGCAGCAGAGAAGUCCAAGAAGGACAAGGACAAGAAGAAGGAUAAAUCAAAGAAGGACAAGGACAAGAAGAAAGAUAAGGAUAAGAAAAAAUCGUCAAAAGAUAAAAAACAUAAAAAUUUAUCCAGUAAGAAAUGA